UUAUGGUACCAUGUUGUUCCACCCACAGUAUAGUGAAUACGACCUCGCUGAUAGAAAUGGGAGACUCCAAGGGCAUCGAGUACGUUGUUUUGGGACGCGAGGCCUUCGAGGAGGUGGCCAAGCUGAUCAACGAUGAAUUUUCUAACCUCGGGGAUCCCCCUGGGCUUUCCCGUUUUUUGAGCGGCUCGGCAACAGAGGGGGCCAUAGGCAACGGGCUAAAGAAGUGCCUGGAUUCCGGAGUAACUGUCGGUGCCAAGGACGCCAGCACAGGAGCCUUAGUCGGCGUCAGGUUAAGUUACAUACAGACCAAAGGGGAUGACUCGAAUAUUGAACUGACGAAAAUGGGAAUUUUGAGGUGGGCCCCUUAA